CGGCCUCCACCCCCACCAUCGACCCUCCCCGCCGGCGACACCGUCCCCCGCCUUCCCGCACUCACCUCCUGGAGGUCUGCUUGUGGUACGAGGACUGUGUCGGUCAUGGCUUUCACGGCGUCUCUGAGCUGGGCGGCUCUCCUCCUGGCCGCCUCGGUGUCGCUGUGCUGGGCUCGCUCGGAAGCACCACGCGGGGUCGCGCAGGGCUUCGUCUUCGACCCGAAGGCGACCUGCGAGCCCCGGUGCGCCCACGCAGGAGUCUGCAUCCGCAACAAUACUUGUCUCUGCGCCACGGGAUACGAGGGAGACUCCUGCCAGUAUGCCAACUGCUAUCCCAAAUGUAAGAACGGAGGCGUGUGUCUUCGUCCUGGAAAAUGCCGCUGUCCUCCAGGGUUCGGAGGGAGGUACUGUCACAAAGUGACGUGUGACGGCGGAUGUUGGAACGGAGGCGAAUGCAACGCCGUCAACGGAGUGGCCAAGUGCAUCUGUCCUUUCAGCUGGACGGGCUCCAAAUGCCAAGAGGCCAUUUGUCCCCAAGGCUGCAGGAACGGGGGUCUCUGUGUGGCUCCUGGAAUCUGCAGCUGUCCUGAAGGCUGGCUGGGUGGCGCCUGCCACGUCGCUGAGUGCACGGUGCCGUGCAUGAACGGAGGGAAGUGUAUCUCACCUGACAAGUGCCGCUGCCGCCCCCCCUACUUGGGCCCUCGCUGCGAGGAGAGGAAGAGACGCCACUAAGUGUCAAGGGUCACUGAGGGUCCUCGGCACAGGAGGUCAAUGUAGAUUAGUCCAUUUAUUGACUUGUAAUCAUUGUCGAAGCCCUGCUUCGUGUUUCUGUGUAUGUAACGUGUGUCACGGAACCAUGUGAAAUAUC